AUGAGCGUUGAGCAAGCUAUAAAGCAAGUCGACGACUUGUCCUUAAAACAUCCAGACAAGAAGAAGGAUAAGAAGCAGUCUAAGCAAGGUUUGUUGUACUUGGACCCAGAACCACAUUUCAUUGAAGAGAGAAUCGCUUUAUUUGAACAGUUAAGGAAGGAGUAUGAUGAGAAGGUUGCUGCUAUGCCUCGUGCUCCGAUUACUGUUGUUUUGAAGGAUGGGUCAAAGAAGGAGGCAGUUGCUUGGGAGACCACACCAAUGAAUAUUGCACAGCAGAUUGCGAAAUCGUUUGCGGAAAGACAAUGUAUUUCCAAGGUAAACGGAGAGUUAUGGGAUUUGGAUAGGCCGUUGGAAGGUGUCGCCGGUGAUGAGAUUAAGUUAGCCUUUUUUGAUUUCGACUCUGAAGACGGUAGGAAGGUUUUCUGGCAUUCUUCUGCACAUGUUUUGGGGGAGGCUUGUGAGUGCAACUUGGGUGCUCAUAUCUGUUUGGGGCCUCCCACUAAUGAUGGUUUCUUCUACGAGUUUGCUUGCAAGGAUUCUUUGGAUUCAGAAGCUCCAGAAAGAACGGUUUCCCAAGCAGAUUUCCCAAACUUGGAAGGUGUGGCCAAAAAUGUCAUCAAGGAAAAACAAAAGUUUGAAAGAUUGGUUAUGUCCAAGGAGGAUUUGCUGAAGAUGUUCAAGUAUUCAAAGUAUAAAACUUACCUGGUUCAAACGAAGGUUCCAGACGGGGGUUCCACUACUGUGUACAGAUGUGGUAAGUUGAUCGAUCUAUGUAUUGGGCCUCACAUUCCACAUACUGGUCGUAUCAAGGCUUUCAAGUUGUUAAAGAACUCCUCUUGCUACUUCUUGGGUGAAUCCGAUAAUGAUUCUUUACAGAGAGUCUACGGUAUCUCCUUUCCUGACAAGAAGUUGAUGGAUGCACACUUGAAGUUUUUAGCGGAAGCCGCAAUGAGAGACCACAGGAGGAUCGGCAAAGAGCAGGAAUUGUUUAUGUUUAAUGAAAUGUCUCCAGGUUCGUGCUUUUGGCUUCCACAUGGUACCAGAAUCUACAACACGUUGGUUGACUUGUUGAGAACGGAGUACCGUAGGAGAGGUUACGAAGAAGUCAUUACUCCUAACAUGUACAAUUCGAAGUUAUGGGAAACCUCUGGUCACUGGGCUAACUACAAAGAAAACAUGUUUACUUUCGAGGUCGAGAAGGAAUCAUUUGGUUUGAAACCAAUGAACUGCCCGGGUCAUUGUGUUAUGUUUAAAUCUCGUGAACGUUCGUACAGGGAGCUACCAUGGAGAGUUGCAGACUUUGGUGUCAUUCACAGAAAUGAAUUCUCUGGUGCGCUAUCUGGGUUGACCCGUGUUAGAAGGUUCCAGCAGGAUGAUGCCCAUAUUUUCUGUACCCAGGACCAAAUUGAGACCGAAAUAGAGAAUAUCUUUGACUUUUUGAAGUUUGUUUAUGGUGUUUUUGGCUUUGAGUUUAAGAUGGAGUUGUCUACCAGACCAGAGAACUAUGUUGGUGAUUUAGAAACCUGGAAUAAUGCAGAAGCCAAAUUGGCGGCCGCAUUGAAUAAUUGGGGCGGUAACUGGGAGUUGAACCCAGGCGACGGUGCAUUUUACGGUCCAAAGAUUGAUAUUAUGAUCUCUGAUGCCUUGAAGAGAUGGCACCAAUGUGCAACUAUUCAAUUGGACUUCCAGCUACCAAAUAGAUUUGAAUUAGAGUUCAAGGCUAAGAGCAAUGAUGAAAGUGAAGGAUAUGAGAGACCUGUUAUGAUUCAUCGUGCAAUCUUAGGUUCCGUGGAAAGAAUGACUGCCAUUUUGACUGAACAUUUUGCUGGUAAAUGGCCAUUCUGGCUGUCUCCACGUCAAAUCUUGGUUGUUCCGGUUGGUGUGAAGUACCAGGAAUAUGCCCAAAAGGUUAGAGACCAAAUGGUCGAAGCCGGGUUCUACGCUGAUGCUGAUUUGGGUUCUAACACAUUGCAAAAGAAGGUUAGAUCUGGUCAAUUAUUGAAGUAUAACUUCAUUUUUAUUGUUGGUGAACAGGAAAUGUUGGAAGAAUCUGUUAAUGUCAGAAACAGAGACAUUACAGACUUACAAGGAAAGAACGAAACUAUUAAGGUUGAAGCAGUUUUGAAACAAUUGUAUAAAUUGAAAGAAGAAAGAAGACCAGACAACGUUUUGAACUGA